GAGGAAAAUAGGUGGUUUUGUGAAUUUCAAAAGGUAAAUUGGGUAUCCACGUAUCUUGAAAUCGGAUGCUGCGGCGAAGAAGAAGAAGAUAGCCUCCACCAGCCACUCCAACAACAAACCCAAACCCAAACCCUUUCUUGUUCGGAUAUGACGACGACGAAUUCCAAUUUCGAGGCGUUAAUCUGUAAAGAUAUCCUGCGUACCAUCUUCGAGAAGCUUCCGGUGGCAGACCUAGCACGUUCCGCUUGUGUAUGCACCCUCUGGAGCUCUGUGGCUUCUGACAGGGAGAUUCACGCUAGGGCUUUCAUGGCCCCCUGGAAACUCAAGCGCUUGAUUGGGAAUCCUACCUCUCCUACCUUCUGGAGAGAUAACAACACUCUUACCCGUUUCGCUAUUUCUCACCCAUUGGCCCGCGCUGAUACUCUUGCUAGCCUCGCCCUCAACUACUCCGUUCAGGUUACUGACAUAAAACGCCUCAACAACAUGAUGAGUGACCACGGGAUACAUUCAAGGGACAGGUUACUAAUUCCUGUAAACACCCCCGACAUUCUCAUCGACGCCACAUGCUAUGUAGAAUUGGAUGCGCAUGCUAAAAGGGAGGUUGCUGUAUUGUAUCUGAAUGGUUCCCCUGAUAAAAUGCCAGCUAAUGUGUUGCCAUCUGAACGUGGAAAAAGAAGGGUAAUCGAAUCCUUAAGGAGAAGCAUGCAUGUCGAUGAUGCUACUGCACAGUACUACUUAUCUGUAUCGGAUGGUGAUCCCCGAGGCGCUUUAUUGGAGUUUUCGAAAGAUGUUAACUGGGAGAGGCAGAUGCGGUUGACGUAACAUGGUUACAAAGUUCACCUUUUAAGCUACAUAUAUUCGGGACUCUAAAGCUGUAAGUUUUGUCUUCAAUGCUGGUGCAUAAUAAGAUUUCUCUCAUUUACUCUGAAUGUAAAUCUAAAUGGAAGAAACAUAAAUGCUUUAUAUCCUUGUUAUUCUUGUGAUAUGAUAUAAACAUUGUGUGUAUUGUUAAAUGUAAUGCUUAUUGUACCGAUUGGUCUUAAGUAUCUUAAUGAUAUCUUAUCUUAGAAACU